AUGAGCUUACAAUGCGAAGGUGAUGGCGCUGUGUGUUACACUUGUGGUCAUUUCGACUUUCUACCACUGAAAUGCAACCACUGCGGAAACAUGUUUUGUGGCGAGCACAUUAAAAACCACAACAUACCUGGUUCCGAGGAGGCAUGCGCUGCCGCCUACUUGGGCCGCGUGUUGCCUGUUACUAGUAUGGUGCAAGAAGGUGCAACCGAGCCGAGGCACGCGUGCGCUAUUUGUGGCAGCCCACUGUGUGUACUUAUUCCGUGUGACCUGUGCCAGCGGGAUUUUUGUGCUAUUCAUCGGUUCCACGAACACAGUGACAACCAUGGCGAGAGGAGGAGAGUUCAGGGGACGAAUGGACACGACACUACCCCUUUUCCUAAGGAUGUCGAGGAGGCUUUCGCACAUAUAUGUGGGAGGUACUCACCAGGGAGACCACUUGUCCUCCAGCCACCAGCGUUUCGCGGUACCAUGCUUCCUGUGACUGCUUUGAUGUGUGAGGUAGAUGAUACAGGGGGGACGAUUAAAGCGGUUGCUGUUAUUUCCCUUUCGGUGGCGGCAGAGAUGUCGGUGGGGCAGCUCUUGGACCGUUGUACGGUCAGCUUGGUACUGCCUCCCUCCCACCUUUUGAAGCAGCCGAUGUUUCACAUUAGUUUCUCGGACCGAGCUGUGGUGGACCAAAUUCCUCUAUCAUUAAGUGCUUCCAAGGCUGACCUCUCCAAUCGUGAUGUUCUUCUCGUGGUGCAGCAACGAGGGGACCCCACUGAAGAAAGUGAGCGUGGCGUGAGUGACCAAGUUGGAAAGGUAACUGUAUCUGUGGAGGCCCUUGAGAACGCGUUAACGCAGCUACUCUCUUUGGCACUCUCCGAUGGUCUACGACCUGGGAGUCGUCUACACUCAGCUGCCUCACGUAUUCGACUCCGCUCACUCGGUACAAAAGCUUCUAAAAGGGGCACUUCCCCUCCGUCCCAAGAAUUGUCUCAAUCGGGUCAGUUGCCGCAUUGUGAAUGUACCAACCGUGUCAAGGUAUCGAGCGUCAGUGACCGAGAGGUUGUGCGAAUUGGCACUCACCAGCAAUGCGACAUCGGUGGAACGCCGUGGCCUUUUUUACGCCCCCCACCGCUCGACGAGUUCAUUUUUUCUCACACGAGGAUGAACCCGCGUCGCGCUGCCCCAAAAGAGCCUCCAAGUGCAAGUAUCAUUGUGGCAGUGUUCGUCGCCGAUUGCCAGUUGUCACGUGAAGUUGCACCCUUUUGUAUUUCGUUGAAUAAAGAGUUGUCGAUAGGGCGUGCUCUUGAUAUCAUUAGGGAAAUUGUUGACGAAGUUGCUGGACCGCGUCCAGGGCCGGGUUGGAACCUUUUUAACCUAACGACAGGUGAGCUUCUUACUGUUCCCCCUCUGUCGAGCAGGAGUGACCUACGGGACCGCGAUAUCCUAUUCUUCGGUGAGGUGUUUUCGGAGGCACUGCGUGCCGAGGUUGUGAGGUUGCGGGAAGUGAAGGGUAAACCCCUCAUGGCACUCAAGAUGAAGAUGAUGAAGAGCUGUGCUCUCAUGUAG